AUGAGUGAUAUCGUUUACGUUUCACCUCAAGCGUAUCUUAUAUCUGCAGAUGGCUGGAAAAGCGAUUUUCAAAGAUCUGGAUUUAUACCGAUUCUAAAGGCCGACUUAGCAAAACUUGAACACUCUCUUCAGAAAGUUGUCCAGAAGCAUGGAAACCUCAAAAAUUCACGAAAACAACGUACUGGUACGAAACAGAAACAAAGUGAAGAUUCGGACCCCUCCAAUGCCGAACUUCUCACUGGCAACGAUAUUAAAGCCACUGAAGGAGGUACAAAAUAUCAAUCACUGAAGCAUUUUCUUCCUAUUUCAUCAGAGCAGCGGCUGCACACAGUGGCGUUUCAAGGAUUGCGCAGCAGUUUAUCCAAUGAGAGUAUAGAACGUAUCAUUUCAAAAUGCAUACAACUUUCAGCACAAACUUCACACGCCCAGGACGAUCAAACUGACCUUUUUGAGUGUUGGACAACUCUUCACUUUGUUGGCCUCGAGGUCCAAGAUGUGUUUGUACGAUUCAAGCAAGGGAAUGAGAAAUUAUAUAGUCAUAUUUGCCAGACGUUACGUUCUCUGUUCAGCAAUCCAAUCGCCGGUGUAGAGUUUCAUAUGGACUCACAAACAAGUCAAUUCGUCAAGGAGGAAGGGGCUGCAGUUCCUGAGACUAAUGCAGCUCUCGUUGAAACAUUAAAAACCGCGAUCCAGAACUUAGAACCAUCCAGAGGUACAGCGACCGAAGAUGAUUUCUCAUCGGUUAACUACCAGAUAGAUCUCAGCACCUUAAGUGAUCUGCCAAAAGAUUCAUUGGAACAACUCUGCAAGGAUAUUGUUGAAUUCAGAACAAAGGUUGUUAGCAUAGAAAAGGAGAAACGGGAGCAUCAAAUGUACGAAGAGAGUGAGCGCCGGAGACAGCAAAUGAUGAAAAUGUUCCGUCAAAUACGGAAAAGUCGGAACGAAAACAUAGAUUCUGACGAUGAUGCUGAUGAUAAUGACGAGGGUACUGACGCAGAGGGCGAUGAGCAACGGGCAGGAGGUGAAGACGAAGAUGACUACGCAAUCGAGACUCGCAGAUUGGAAAAAGAAAAAGAACAAUCCGCUCGCGAAUAUGAAGACAUGCUAAAUCGUCUCCAUUCCCAAAUUGAACCGAGAAUACGAUCGCUGCAAGCCAGCAUCAGAGGAGCGGAGAAUUACGAGCAGAAACUAGAAAAGAGAAGGCCACUAUUUUUGAAAGAGCUGCUGCACCAAGCUCACGACCAGUAUUACGACCACCACAGGGCCUUCAAAGCUGCAGAGGAGCGGAAGGACGCUGUCGACAGGGAACAACACGGCGAACAAACCAUCUCGUCGAUCUCGAAGGUAUCGCAGACUGCUGACACGAACGCCUCUGAUGAGAAGCCGGGCGACGAGUCUGGCCUCGCCGCCGCCUCCGCACCCGCACAAGAUAAUAUCUCCGAGCCACCAGAGUCAAGCGCGGAGCUUAAACAGUUUAAGAUCAAGUUUGCGUUCAAGAAGGCCAUCGACAAAUCGCUGGAUGGAGCUGCUGACUUGUCAGCGGCUCCAUCCGUUGCCAUGCCACUCAACACGCCCGCAACUAAAGUCGAUCGCGAGCGGCCCUCGGCCGGGCCGCUCGCAGACGAUCUGCCAUUCACGCAGGCCCAGCUCGACCAGCGUCUACACGCACUCCGCCACUCCAAGGUUGUCGAUGAGCUGAUCAAAGAGUACCUCGGAGUGUACGAAGACGAGCUUGUUGAUUACAUUCUGGACAACAUCCGAGAACACAAGAAUAAGCAAAUCCUGCUCGACGAACUGAAGGAGACAUUUGACGACGAUGCUGAAACCAUCGUCGCUGCCAUCUGGUCAAGCAGCGCGCUCCUCAACACCAACUAG